GGGCCUGGCCCGCGGGGACGCGCGGGAGGCGCUGAGGAUGGCGCAGAGAGGGGUCGAGCUGGCCCUGGACUGCAGCUCCCUGCGGCUGUGCCGGGCAGAGGCGCUGCUGGCACUGGGGCAGCACCCACAGGCACUGGAGGAGCUGGAUGUGGUGUGCAGGGCUGAGCCUGGAGAGCACGAGGCCUUCUUCAGGAAAGGGAAGGUGCUCCUGGAGAUGGGGCACAGAGCUGAAGCCCUGCUGGCGUUGGAACACUGCCUGACACUCAGUCCCCAUUUCCAGCCAGCUCGGAGAGAGAUGGAGAAGAUCAUCAUGGAAGCUGAUGCUCCUCAGCCAAGCACAGCUGCACACCUGGGGGAUGCUCACCUGAGCUCAGCUGGUUCCCAGGUUGAUGGAGGGAGCCCAGCCCUCCCAUCUUCCACACAAGCUCAGGAUCAGGAGGGAGAGCUGGCAGAUGGCCGAGGGCAUGCUGGGUCUGAGCACAGCCAGGACACAGCCACCCUUUCCCAGCCAGGACAACGGCAGGAGCCGGAGACUUGGGCAGAGAGUCAGGGCCAGUGCUUGGGUGACAAGGAGGAGACAGCAGCAGCAGAAUGUACCCAGCCAUGCCUUGAGGAAUCACUGAGCAUAUCUGACUUGGAGUGCUCCCUCUGCAUACGGAUGUUCUUUGAGCCAGUGACCACACCCUGUGGUCACACCUUCUGCAAGGAGUGCCUGGAACGCUGCCUGGACCACCGGCCCAACUGCCCCCUGUGCAAACAGAGCCUGAGAGAGUACCUGAAGGCUGGGAGGUACAGCCCCACGGUGCUGCUGCAGGACAUCAUGCUGGCCGCCUUCCCCACGCAGCUGGCUGAGCGCCGGGAGCUGCACCGGGCGGAGAUGGCAGAGCUCUCCAACCUGACCAAGAACAUCCCCAUCUUCGUGUGCACGAUGUCCUUCCCUGGCAUCCCCUGCCCUCUGCACGUCUUCGAGCCUCGGUACCGCCUGAUGAUCCGGCGGUGCCAGGAGAGCGGCACCAGGAGGUUUGGCAUGUGCAUAUAUGAGAAUGGGAAAAGCUUUGCUGACUACGGCUGCAUGCUGGAGAUCCGUCAGGUGGAGCUGCUGGCGGAUGGCAGGUCCUUGGUGGACACCAUCGGCCGGCAGCGGUUCCGGGUGCUGAGCCGCGGCCACAGGGACGGCUACCACACCGCUGACAUCGAGUACCUGGAGGACAAGAAGGUGUCCGGGCAGGAGCUGCAGGAGCUGCAGUGCCUGCACGAGAGCACCUACCGCCUGGCCCAGCGGUUCUGUGAGCACGGAGACCUCGCCUCCAGACACAUCCUGAUGCAGCAUGGACCACUGCCUGAGAAGGAGGAGGACAUCCAGGCGUCGGCAGACGGCCCGGCGUGGUGCUGGUGGCUCAUCUCCACGCUGCCCCUGGAGCCCUCGCAGCAGCUGCGCCUCUUCUCCUGCACGUCGCUGCGCGCCCGCCUGUGGGGG